AUGGAUACUGUUUGUGUUCCAGAUUCCGCGGUGCCCAUUAUCAUAGCACUUCAGGAUGUAUUUCUUCAUCUGCAGCGGAAGCGCCUUGAGGGUUGGGCUGCCUCAGUGGAUAACUCCUUAAGUUCGUGGAGUGAACUGUACCGAAGUCAGGUUGUGCCGCUCGGAGACGACCUUGUCAAUCGGAUCUGGGGAUUGAUUUCGACGAUUUUGCAGAUACUUGAAAAUGACGGGUCUUUAAAUGUAAACGCGAGCACAGCAGUGGUGGCGUGGUACUGGAACAACAUGUUAGACGAGGAUUAUAUCAAAGAAAAAAUUAUGGUGCUUCAUGGAGAAGACUUCGAUGAUUUUUCCGACAAUGAAAUUGAAGAGAUCGGGAUGUUCUACUUGGAUAUGAUAGAGCGAACUUUUUUUUCAGGCAAGUUUCUUGUAACAUUUUCUUUAAUUGAUGCACUCAUGGGUGCGCUUCGUGGGCGUGGCGAAAACGAUAGCGAAAAUCCAUUUUCGGUAGAAAUUGAGGAAUGCAUGGCAGACGUUCAGAGACUUUUAUCUUCAUCCUUUAGUGAUCCCGAUAGCUUUGAAGAGUGGAGAAGUAAUGCCAAUCAGCAGGUGUAUGUGGCACGGCGUGUACUAGGAGACGUCAAUUCCAAUACCGAUCCAUCUGCACGCAAGCUGAUUGCACAAAGCCUUUGUGCGGUCUCAUUAAAUAUACUUUUGAUCAUCAGUGGUGAUUCGCAGUUAAUACAGGAGCGCUGUAUUGAAUGUGGGUAUACCUUUGUCGACUAUAUUACGGCACUCUGCGCCAUUAUAAAACCGUUUUGCACCUUGUCUGAGCUGCGCGAUGCCGUUGAGACGUCAGUAGACACCUGGACAGGGAGGGGUGUCGAAGUGGAGUGGGACUUCGUGAUCAUACGCGAAGUUUUCAAGGCAGCCAAUGUUGAGGAUAUCGUUUACGCUAUGCAGGCGAUUUGUACCGAGGUUGUGACUCGUAUUUCAUGGGAUCCGCUUGAGAUGGAUGGCGAUGACGUUGCCUCCGAAGAGGAAGGGGAUGAUGACCAAGAAGAGUGUGAGGCGGUCAGUUUACCGCAAGCCGGUACUCCCUCAACUCGCUACUUCGCUUUGCUUUCGAUAACUGCUCACCUAGCUGAUCUUUGCGCGCCUGCGUUGGUCGCCUUCCCCGAUCAGAUUGAACUCACCUUCAUUCGCAACAACCUUAUCACGUCCUAUGUUAAGCUCUUUGCCUAUAACCCACGAACCUGGAAGAUAGCGGGAACAUACCUGGCACACCUGGCUCUCCUGAAUCCCCAGGAACUGCGCCAUCUCGUGCUGUACGCCGCUCGCUGGGCUGCCGUAGAGCAUCGGUUUUACCACAGCCUUGUCGCUUUCUGCCACACCAUGUGGGACUCCUCCUGUCCUCACCAGACGGUGAUGCGCCGGCAACUUAAGGAUAAGCUAGGGGAGCACCCAACGGUCCAGCAAUGGCUGGACGCGCUUGAUUUUGAGCGCCUGAGCACAAUGAAAAAUGUUCAUCAUACCAUCAUCGCGAAACGAAUUGAACUCCAUGAUAUCGUGACCGUGGCUUGGUAUGCCGUGGAGACUGACACUCCACACCUACUGGAGUUUAAAUUAAAACAGCUUCUUAGAGCGCCUACGGCCUUGGCAGAUGAUCAGCUGUGUUCUGUAGGCGCCGCAGUCCACAAUUCCUUCAUUCAGCUUGACACUUGUACCACAGUCGAAAUGGCGCACUCCCUUUUGGUUUGCGCAGGCAUUUUUACGUACCGCCGUGCCGCGGAGGCCUCUAAGGCCGCUCGGUUGGCUCUGGUUCAAAGUCCAGAAGCGACUCUCGAACGCCAAAGGCUCAGUGCCGAAUGCAUCGACAAGAUCGGCAUUGCGCUCCGCCGCAUCAACACAUGCGACUUUGCGUUUCAUCCCCUGACCAUCAUUAAUUUAGUCGAGCACGCCGUGGAUUUGCUUAUAUCUAUGCAAAAGGAAGUGCUUGGGAUGAAUUUGCCACCCUGUGUUCAGCUGGCAGGUCGGAUACUGCCUUCUCUCUUGCGUGAUCUUUCAACUUCAUGUGUUCACCAUGGUCAGAGUUUAUCAAAGGAGCUACUGCAUCGCUCAAAUAUAGUUCGAGAGAAGCUGGUCUGUACCCUAGAAAUGCUUCCAGAGUGA